AAUGCCUAGUCUUUAGGAGGUGUUGACUCAGUUAGGAAACUGAGGGCUUUGCCUGCUCCGGCCCAGGGGCUGUAGGGUUUCCGUGCUGGGCCAUCAGGACACAGUACUUCACAGAGGAGUGAGGCAGUGACCUUGGGCAGCUUGGCCUCAAGCAGAAGCCUGAUGAGGAACCUGAAUCCCAAAGAGGGGAAGAGACUUGCCCAAGAUCUGGCAUGUCCUGUUCAUAAUGAGAAUAUUUCUGCUCCAGUCAGCCAAGAUGAACCUCAUGAACAUCACCAAGAUAUUUUCCCUCCUGCAGCCUGACAAGGAGGAGGAGGACACCAACAGGGGGGAGAAGCAGGCUCUCAAUCAAGCAGUAUACAAUAACGACUCCUAUACUUUGGAUCAGCUUUUGCACCAGGAGCGUUACAAACGUUUCAUCAACAGUAGGAGUGGCUGGGGCAUUCCUGGGACACCGUUGCGCUUGGCUGCUUCUUAUGGCCACCUUAGCUGUUUGCAGGUCCUCUUGGCACAUGGUGCUGAUGUUGACAGCUUGGAUGUCAAAGCACAGACACCACUUUUUACCGCUGUCAGUCAUGGCCAUCUGGACUGCGUGCAUGUGCUUUUGGAAGCUGGAGCCAGUCCUGGGGGUAGUAUCUACAACAACUGCUCUCCUGUGCUUACAGCUGCCCGUGAUGGUGCUAUUCCCAUUCUGCAGGAACUCCUGGGCCAUGGUGCAGAGGUCAAUGUCAAAGCUAAACUACCAGUCUGGGCAUCAAACAUAGCUUCAUGUUCUGGCCCCCUCUAUUUGGCUGCAGUCUAUGGACACCUUGACUGUUUCCGCCUGCUUUUGCUCCAUGGGGCAGACCCUGACUACAACUGCACUGACCAGCACCUACUGGCUCGAGUCCCACAGCCCCGCACCCUCCUUGAAACCUGCCUUCACCAUAAUUGUGAGCCAGAGUAUAUCCAGCUGUUAAUUGAUUUUGGUGCUGACAUCUACCUUCCAUCUCUCUGCCUGAACCUGAACUCAAAAGAUGACAGAGGCACUGAAUUGCUGCUACAAGCCCGAGCCACUCCACGUUCACUACUAUCACAGGCCCGUUUAGUUAUACGCAGAGCCCUGCAUCACGCCAGUCAACCACAAGCCAUUGACCAGCUGGAUAUUCCUCCUGUGUUGAUUAGCUACCUAAAACACCAACUGUAAUCUCGCAGCCUCCCCAGAAAACCCAUGAUGCCUCCAAACACCACCUGAGGACCCAGGUAGGUGGAGGGCACUAGCUCCACUCAGUCACCUGGAGCUCCUCUCCUGUAUUCUCCUCCAUAAUAAAAUAUUAAAUAAAAUAAAUCCUG